AUGAAAGAUAAAAUUAUAAAUAAUACAUAUAAUUUCAAUCUUGUUUGGAGUAAUAUUUUUUUAAGAAAAAAAAUACUUUUUUUUCUUAGAGUUUUUAAAAUAUUCAACUAUCAAAGAGUUUUCCAUUCAAUAGAUUCUUUUAGAAAUUAUAAAUUCAAACCUUUUUUAAAUAGAUUGGUACUCGAAAACUAUACAUUAAAUGAAAACGUAUCAUUAGAAAGCUUGCCAAUGAAUAUAGAGUCGUUACUCUUGGGGUCUUAUACAUUCAGAGUGAUUCCACAAUGGCUUAAAUCACUAGAUAUGGAAUAUCAAAGAAUCGAGACUUUAAUGCAAAUAUUUAAUUCAUCACCCGCCAUAAAGCUAGAAAGAUUAAGGCUCUACAAAAAUUGGGAAAUUAAUGAACAAGAAUUACCACCAAAUCUAUUACCUCCAUCACUAACAUGUCUAAAAUUGGAUCCCUAUGGAUAUCAGAUAAGAAAAGGUGUGCUGCCUCCAAAUUUAAAACAGCUGGAUAUAAAGUUUAUUGAGAGCCCAACUCUUUGUGACUGCUUUGAAACUGACUCACUACCCAAAUCACUAUUAAUGCUUAGAGUAUUCAAUAAACAAGUCACACUUAAUACAAGUAUCUUGCCAGAUAGUUUAGAAGAGCUUUUUUUCCCAUUCAACUGCGAUAUUCAGUUAACUAAUAAUUUCGAACAGAUCUCCUUCCCAAAUUCACUUUCAAAACUAACAUUGGCCAUCAAUCAAUUUAACGAUAUAAAGCUACCAGAUAAUUUAAAAGAAUUUAAUCUAUUUACAAAAUCAGAGUUAGACGAAAAUAUUAUAGAAUCGAUAGCACUUCCAUGUUCAUUACAAUUACUCAACAUUCAUUCAUCCACCAAGCAAUCCCAACUUUGGUGA